AUGUCCGGGAGCCCCUGUGCUCACCCUGAGCCCCCCAGUUCAGAGCCCCAGUGUCCUCCCUUUGCCCUCCCAGUACUCCCCCCAUCCUCCCAGUCUGAUGUCCCAGUGCUCUCCCUGAGCUCCCCCAGUCCGGGUCCCCAGUGUCCUCCCAGUGCCCUCUCCUGAGCCUCCCUGUCUGGAGUCCCAGUGCUCCCCUUCAGUGGUCACCCCAGUGCCCCCAGUCUAGGACCCCAGUGCCCUCUCCUGACCUCCCCCGAGUCUGGAGUCCCAGUGCCCCCCCUGUUCGCCCCCAGGCUGGGGUCCCAGUUCUGUGUGUCCUCUCCUGACCCCUCCAGUCUGAGGCCUGAGGCUGCAGGGCUCCUGCUGUACCCUCAAGAUCAGAACCCAGUUAGGGACUUCGGUGUCCCCACGGGCAAGCAUGGCGGCAACGUGAACCCUGUGGGCUCCUAG